GGGCCCGAACCGAUACAGAAGUCACUGCGGGGGUCGCUGGGAGUGUAGUCUUUAACGCGGAGUUGCUAGAGAAGGGGGGGUCGCGGCACAGCUAGGAAAUUGUUCCCGCUAUCUUCUACAUGUUUUAUCCACUGCUUUUAAGAAGAAAGAAGGGGAGUCACGUGACACAGGGGCCAUUCUCCGGUGGCUGGAGCAUGUUACCCAGAAACAGCUCCCUCAGAGGCCCGUGGGAGCCGCUGGCCGGCGGCGCGUUUGGGGAGCCGCCGAGCAUCCUGGGAGGUGUGGUCCCGGCGCCGGGCCGAAGAUUCUGGGCAGUGUAGUCCCGGCGUCCUGCUGGAGUAGCUCCCCAGCUGGUGCCUGGAGUGACCCCUUGUUCUUUGGUGGCGCUGGUGAGUGGGGCUCCCACGAGACUUCUUCGCAGCCGUACCCUCUCCGCGCGGAAAGGUCCACUCCUGAUGCCUUUCAGGAAGAGGAAACCCUACGCUGCAGGAGCUUGAGAGUUUCCAGCGACUCUCCUGAACCUUUCAGUCCUUGUUCUGACCCCUAGCUCCUGCCUUCAGAGAGGACCACCUGGUGGGCAAAAGGACUCAGGCACACAUGGCAUUCAGAGACGUGGCUGUGGAUUUCACCCAAGAGGAAUGGAUGCUGUUGAGCCCUGCUCAGAGGUCCCUGUACAGGGAGGUGAUGCUAGAGAACUACAGCAAUCUGGUCUCGCUCGGAAUUCCAUUUUCUAAACCGAAACUCAUCACUCAGCUGGAGCAAGGGAAGGAAACCUGGAGAGAAGAGAGAAAAUGUCCACCGGCCACCUGCUCCGCAGAACCACAGCCAGAGCUCCACCUCUGUCCUUUCUGCCCUCCGGAUUUCUCCAGUCGGAAGUUCCACGUGCAGCAUGUGCUGUGUCGUCACCCGCCCUGGCUCCUCACCUGCUUGUGUGCAGAAGAUCCUGCCCAGCCCAGAGAUCCGUGCUCCGGGGACCCGAAGCAGACACAGCGAGCCUGUGCUGGAAGUUCCUGGAACGACAGAGCAGAAGGUGGAGAGAGAGAAAGUGCCCUGCCUUUGUUUGGAAAGACCAAGAAAAGGACUCCAGGGGUGUUCUCCAGGCCACCCCAGAGGCAGCCCGAGAGCCCCAGGAAUGGCAUUCGAGGCGUGGAGGUGGAGGCCAGUCCCGCCCAGACAGGGAACCCCGAGGAAACAGACAAGCUGCUCAAGAGGAUAGAAGUCUUGGGGUUCGGAACAGUCAAUUGUGGAGAGUGUGGACUCGGCUUCAGCAAGAUGACCAACCUGCUUAGUCAUCAGAGGAUACACUCCGGGGAGAAGCCUUAUGUGUGCGGGGUGUGUGAGAAGGGCUUCAGUCUAAAGAAAAGCCUUGCCAGACACCAGAAGGCACACUCGGGGGAGAAGCCUAUUGUGUGCGGGGAGUGUGGGCGAGGCUUUAACCGGAAGUCGACACUUGUCAUACACGAGAGGACACACUCGGGUGAGAAGCCUUAUAUGUGCAGCGAGUGUGGGCGAGGCUUUAGUCAGAAGUCGAACCUCAUCAUACACCAGAGGACACACUCUGGGGAGAAGCCCUACGUGUGCCAGGAGUGUGGCAAAGGCUUCAGCCAGAAGUCAGCAGUCGUCAGACACCAGCGGACACACUUGGAGGAGAAGACCAUCGUGUGCAGCGACUGUGGCCUGGGCUUCAGCGACAGGUCGAACCUCAUCUCCCACCAGCGGACACACUCAGGGGAGAAGCCCUACGCCUGCAAGGAGUGUGGGCGAUGCUUCAGGCAGAGGACCACCCUCGUCAACCACCAGAGGACACACUCCAAGGAGAAGCCCUAUGUGUGUGGAGUGUGUGGGCACAGCUUUAGCCAGAACUCCACUCUCAUCUCACACCGGCGGACGCACACGGGCGAGAAGCCUUACGUGUGCGGGGUGUGUGGACGCGGCUUUAGUCUGAAGUCACACCUCAACAGACACCAGAACAUACACUCAGGGGAUAAGCCCAUCGUGUGUAAGGACUGUGGGCGAGGCUUCAGCCAGCAGUCAAAUCUCAUCAGACACCAGAGGACACAUUCAGGGGAAAAGCCCAUGGUGUGUGAGGAGUGCGGGCGAGGCUUCAGCCAGAAGUCAAACCUCAUCGCGCACCAGAGGACACACUCAGGGGAAAAGCCGUACGUGUGCAGGGAGUGUGGGCGAGGCUUCAGUCACCAGGCAGGCCUCAUCAGGCACAGGCGGAAACACGCGAGGGAAAAGCCUUACACGUGCAGGCAGUGUGGACUCGGCUUUAGCAGCAAGUCAGCACUAAUUACGCACAAAUGGGUCCACUUGGAAGCGAAGCCUUGUUUGUGCAGGGAGUGUGGCCAAGGCUUUACCCAAAAGUCACACCUCGUCUUACAUCGGAGGACACACCAGGGGAAGAAGCCUUAUGUGUGCAAGACAUGCGGCCAAGGCUUUAGCCAGAAGUCUCACCUCAGCCGACACAGGAGGAUGAAAUCUGUCCACCACAAACCACCACUUGAGUCUGACUCUGAGGCCUGUUCAGGACAAUCUUCUGACCCCUUUCACUCUCUUUGAGAGUGAAGAUGGGGUCAAGGACUCAAUACUCAACAUUUUUUUACACUUGACACAUGAAAUGGAGGAGAAAAAUGCAUUCCACAUUUGACUUAGUUUACUUCCUCCACACUAAGUCUUGAUGUUUGUGGCCUUUUGUUCUAAUAAACUUUGCUUCUUUACAAAUCUGCA